GAGACUGACAUUUUAAGUCUGUUUGCAAACAGGACGCUAGAGGGCUCCCAGGGGUUAAAAAUAAGUGGAAAGUUAUUUGAAUGAAAACUGAUUCUGUACGGCAUUUCUUUUUUCAGAAUUUAAAAUUAAAGUUUAUUUUUUAACUAUUGUUUUUUAAAACCUCAUACAUAUUAAAACUCUGCAGUAUUCAGCUUACAAGUAACCAUUUUGCUUUUCAAUCAGUGGUUUUUCAAGGGAGCUUUUAAAGCUGAACUGAAAUGUUUGAGAUGUAGAACACCCUUGACCAUGAAAUAUGUUCUACUUACAUGCCUCAGCCUUUAAAAGUUCUUUGCAUUAGAGUCAGGGAUUACAUUCUUCCUGGAGCCAAGCAUGGGGCCAGCUGUAAACAAGCUACAUUACUCCUUGGAGAGGCUGGUAGUUUAAAAGGUCUGUUGUAGCGAGUGUCAAAAUAUUCCCAACUCCAUCACCAGCCCUUUCCUGCCACCUCUACCCACGGGAGACCACUUAGAUCCCGAAGCGGGCGCGACAGCUGAAUCCAGGAAACCAUGCAUCAUGUCAGCAGGAGCCAAGUGCAGGCUUUAAACUCUGUUCAACAUGUGGAUGCGGCAGAGAAAUGACCUGUCCAGACAAGCCAGGGCAACUUAUAAACUGGUUCAUCUGCUCCCUGUGCGUCCCGCGCGUGUGGAAACUCUGGAGCAGCCGGCGUCCAAGGACCCGCAGGAAUCUCCUGCUGGGCACUGCCUGCGCCAUCUACCUGGGCUUCCUGGUGAGCCAGGUGGGGCGGGCCUCUCUCCAGCACGGACAGGCGGCCGAGAAGGGGCCACGCCGCAGCCGUGACACUGCCGAAGGACCCUUCCCUGAGAUACCCCUGGAUGGUACUCUGGCCCCUCCCGAGUCCCAGGGCAACGGGACCACCCUGCAGCCCAAUGUGGUGUACAUCACUUUACGCUCCAAGCGCAGCAAGCCUGCCAACAUCCGUGGCACCGUGAAACCCAAGCGCAGGAAAAAGUAUGCAGUGGCAUCUGUGGUCCCGGGACAGGAGGCCUUGGUCGGACCAUCCCUUCAGCCGCAGGAAGCUGUGAGGGCAGCUGAUGCUGCAGUGCCUGGGCACGCUCGGGGAGGAAACCUGGCCAAGGCUGGAGAGCAACCCUGGAGGCUGCUGCGGGGUCCGGGAGUGAGAGCUGGGGGCUUCGACUUACUGCAGCCCAGGGCCAGGGAGAGCAACAUCAGGAUCUACAGCGAGAGCGCCCCCUCCUGGCUGAGCAAAGAUGACAUCCGAAGAAUGCGACUCCUGGCGGACAGCGCAGUGGCCGGUCUCCGGCCAGUGUCCUCAAGGAGCGGCGCCCGCUUGCUGUUGCUGGAGGGGAGUGCACCUGGCUCUGUGCCACGCUGUGACUCCAGCCCCUGUGGGCUGCUGAAGCAGCCCCUGGACAUGAGUGAGGUGUUUGCCUUCCACCUAGACAGGAUCCUGGGGCUCAACAGGACCCUGCCUUCUGUGAGCAGGAAAUCAGAGUUCAUUCAAGAUGGCCGCCCUUAUCCCAUCAUUCUCUGGGAUGCAUCUUUAUCUCCAGCAAGUAAUGAUACCCAUUCUUCUGUUAAACUCACCUGGGGAACUUAUCAGCAGCUGCUGAAACAGAAGUGCUGGCAGAAUGGGCGAGUACCCAAACCUGAAUGGGGUUGUACUGACAUACAUCACCAUGAAUGGUCCAAGAUGGCUCUCUUUGAUUUUUUGUUACAGAUAUAUAAUCGCUUAGAUACAAAUUGCUGUGGAUUCAGACCUCGCAAGGAAGAUGCCUGUGUCCAGAAUGGAUUGAAGUCAAAAUGUGAUGACCAAGAUUCUGCGGUUCUAGCACACAUUAUCCAGCGAAAGCAUGACCCAAGACAUUUGGUCUUUAUAGACAAUAAGGGAUUCUUUGACCGAAGUGAAGAUAACUUAAACUUCAAAUUGUUAGAAGGCAUCAAAGAGUUUCCCGAAUCUGCGGUUUCAAUUUUGAAGAGCCAGCACUUACGGCAGAAACUCCUUCAGUCUCUGUUUCUUGAUAAAGUUUAUUGGGAAAGUCAAGGAGGUAGACAAGGAAUUGAAAAGCUUAUUGACGUAAUAGAACAGAGAGCCAAAAUUCUUAUCACCUACAUCAAUGCGCAUGGUGCUAAAGUAUUACCUAUGAAUGAAUGACAAAAGGAUCUCCUGGCUACAGUGCUAGAUAUAUUUAUUCAUUUUUGUUUUUGUUUUUAAAUUAAGUACACCAAUCUCAAGUCCUUUUAUGAAUGAGACAGUGUAGAUGAAUACAUAAAAUAAAUGUAUUUAACAAAGUUGCUAUGAUGCACUGUAUGCAGACUUAAAAAAAGGUUUUUAGAAACAUACCGCUUGCCAGACGUGUCUGUAAUCCCAACAUCAGGGGAGGCUGAGAUGGAAGGAUUGCUUGAGACCAGGAGU